UACUGUAGCAGCCCUCUUGCCCGCGCAGCGGCUCAGGCCUUGUGUCAGUAUAUCGGUAUUUGAAUGUUCAAAAACGAGACCAAACCCCCAGUCUCACUCACUCACGGACUCCUCUCACUCUCACUCUCACCCACUCCCCACUUCAUCGACCUUUCCAACGGACCCAUCUUUAAUGCUCGCCGCUCUCUCUCUCUCUCUCUCUCUCUCUUCAAGAUCCGGCUUUUGGAUUUUGGGAGGGUUUUCGAAUGAGCUAAAAGGAGUCUAGGGUUUUUGUAUUCUGUGACUUUCUCGGUUCCUUCUCCUCUCUCUCUCUCGGAUCUGGAGGUGUUCAGCAUUACGUGUUUGUUUUCUCGUAAUUCGGAAAGAGAAUACUUCUGAUGAGUGAGGAUGGAGAAUUUUCGGCAAAAGAGAUCCAAGAUUGUGAGCAUUGCUGAUCGGAGCUCCGGCGAAAGGUUGUUCUCGACGGAACGAGCUCACCGAGAAGAAAUUUUGUCGCUUUUCUUUCUUCGGAAGUGCUCAAGAAGAUCCUUCCCCACUUUUACUACUCUUGGAUGGUAAUCCUAAUGUUAUUAUAGGGAUUCAUCUCCAGGAAACAGGCAGGUUCAGAAACAGAGGACAUAUCCGAAAUUGGCCUCCGAUUCUAGUUCUUGCAGUAGUGGUAUUACGGACGAAGAUUUGUUCAUGUUUGAAUUGGAUCGGAGAUCUUCAAAACAAGCUGUUGGAGCUCCGAUGAAGAAGUUACUAGCUGAAGAGAUGUCGAAAGAAACUGAAUCCAAAAGGAGGUCCCCAAGUGUUAUUGCCAAAUUGAUGGGUCUUGAUGGGCUGCCAUCUCAGCAGCCUGCUCACAAACAACAAAAGAGGUCCUCAGAGAACCAUUUAAAAAGGACAUCAGUAGAGAAAGCUCAAAAGAGUGGCACGUUUUAUGAUCGUCGCUCAUCUAAGAGGAAUUCAAAGGAGCAGCAAGAAUUUAAGGAUGUAUUUGAGGUUUUCGAAACAUCGAAGAUUGAGAGUAGCAGUUGCUCAUCGCAAGGGGCUACAAACUCAAAGCUCAACGAUGCUGAGAUGGCAUUUAUUCGGCAGAAGUUCAUGGAUGCUAAACGUCUUUCAAGUGAUCAGAAGUUACAGGAUUCAAAGGAGUUGCAUGAUGCACUUGAGGUGCUAGACUCCAACAAGGAUCGUCUGUUGAAAUUUCUUCAGCAACCAGAUUCAUUGUUCACAAAACAUUUGCAUGAUCUGCAAGGUGCUCCUCCCCAAACCCAUUGUGGUCGCAUAGCAGGUAUGAAGUUGUCAGAUGCUCAAAAGUAUGAAAGCAAUGAACUUGGGCAAUCACAGAGACGAACACCAUGGAGAAAUUACAGUAGAUCCCCUCAGAAGUGUUGUGGUGGUCUAAUUAGCCAAUCUGACAGCAGACAUGCUUCUUGUGAUUCUCUUAAUUCAUCCAAACUUCGAUUUGAAGGGAAGGAUGAGUUGACCACUCUACCUACAAGUAUAGUGGUAUUAAAACCAAAUGUUGGGAAGGCCCAGAAUGGUACCAAACCUGCUUCCUCACCUUGUUCUUCGCAUGCUUUUCCGUCAGAUUGUAGGGUGCACACAGAAUUUCCGAGUAUCAAAAAUAGGUCGGGAGAGUUAUGGGGAAUGAAGAACUUUCCCGAUGAUGUGGGGCUUUCAAGGCAUAAGUCCAGAGAAUCUAGAGAAAUUGCUAGGGAAAUAACUAAACAAAUGAGAAAUGGUUUUCGUAGUGGUUCUAUGAAUUUUUCGUCUGCUGGAUUUAAAGGUUAUGCUGGGGAUGAAAGUUCAUGUGACACGUCUGGAAAUGAAUCGGAUGCAAUUACAGUGACUUCCAGAAAUUCCUUUGACUUUAAUUGCCAGUACAAGCCUUCAUCAUCCCGUUUGACUGAAUCAUCUGUGAGUAGGGAGGCCAAGAAAAGACUCUCAGAGAGGUGGAAAAUGACUCACAAGUCUCAAGAGUUGGGAGUGGUUAGUAGGGGUAGCACACUGGCUGAAAUGCUUGCUAUACCCGAUAAGGAUAUGAUGCCAGCAAACUUGGAUGGCAUGAGUUGUGCAGAUGGAAUCAGUGACAAAUUUGCCAGUGAUGAUGGACCUACGGGGUGGGUUGAACCUUUGGGAAUCAGCAGUAGGGAAGGCUGGAGGGAUGGGUCUAACAGAAAUUUAUCAAGAUCAAGAUCUCUUCCUGCUUCUUCUACUGCCUUUGGAAGUCCUAAGAUAAGCGUACAUAGUGAAACACUUUGUGAUGGCAGACAUCUGAUGCCAAAAGAGGCCUUGAAGAAGGAAAGAAUUAAGAGAGUGAAGGGUAAUUCUGAUUGGAGAGAAGGUUCAGCCCCUAGAAACUCAAGAUCUAGUCAUAAGAAAUCUCAUUCUUCUAUCUGCACAGUUAGAGAAAGCAAUGAGUAUUCAGCAGAGAUUCAUACAAGCCAGAAUCAAGUGAAGGCUAGCCUUGAAAAGGUUGAACCAUCUGAAAAGGAUCUUAUGAUCUUGGAGACAUUAGUUGGUAAUGUCAAUGAUAGGACGCCAGUUCCUGAAAAUGUGGUUGAUAUGGAAGAUGACAAUAUGAUCAUGCCAUCUGAACCUCCUGAUGAGAUGCUACCAGGUGUAUCAGCUUGCAUGGUUUUAAAGGAUAUCUCUGCUGGUGGCCCGGAUGUCCUAAUUCCACAGGAAAAAUCGAUUGGACCAUCCAAGGACAGUUCAGUCCCUUUGCUUCACCCUCCGCCUGGUCUUGAAUCUCCAGUUAGCUCUAAGGAGGCUGAUCAGCCCAGUCCAGUUUCAGUUCUCGAAGCUCCUUUUACGGAUGAUCUGUCAUCAUGUUCUGAAUGCUUUGAGAGUCUCAGUGCUGACCUCCACGGGCUUCGGAUGCAACUUAAGCAGCUCAAGUUGGAGUCAGAAGUGUAUGCAGAGGGACCAAUACUCAUCUCAAGUGAUGAAGAUGUUGGGGACGGAUCCAUUCUGAAUGAGAAGGGAGUUUGUAAAACUGAAGAGGGCUGGGAGCCUUCCUACAUAGUUGACGUCUUGACUGGUGCCGGUUUUAACGCUGCUGAUCCUGAUAUGUUCAUGGGUGCAUGGCACUCUCCAGAAUGCCCUGUUGACCCCCUUGUAUUUGAAGAAGUUGAGAAGUGCUGCGACCAGACUUGUUGUCCAAGGUCGGAAAGGAGGUUACUGUUUGACCGUAUAAAUUCUGCACUCCUGGAGAUGUACCAGCAAUUCAUGGAUCCACACACAUGGAUGAGGCAUGCAGCACGGGUUGGGCUCGGAGAUCGUCUCUAUGCCUUGUUGGCAGGCCAAGAGAAGAAAUGUAAUAAAGACACUCUUGGGAAGGUGCUGGCAGGGGAAUCACAGUGGUUAGCUUUGGGAGAUGAAGUUGAUGUAAUGAGUGGGGAAAUUGAGAGAUUUUUAACAGAUGAGCUAGUAGCAGAGGUAGUGGAUAUGUUGGGUAUUUGACCAACCCGACCCUUCCAGCCCCUAGUUCUUCUGAUUUUGCUAACAUCCUUCGAUGUCAGGCCAACCGAAGGAAGACGAAGACGAAGACGCACCGGGAUCCUUAGAGAUCCGCAACCAAGGCUGUAUUUGGUCUAGGAAGUCACGCAUAUGUAAAUGAAGUGAUGAAUGGUCAGUUCAUGAGAGAAUGAAUAAAAGGAUCAAAAAUCUUUGCAUCCAAAAGAAGAAUCAGAUUGCAGAUGAAAACUAAAGGAAACCAAAAUCAAACAAAGGUAAUAAAGACAACAAUAUAUAGGAAAGCAAAACCAAAACGAAGAAUCAUAGUUGUAACCACUUUUUUUUUAUUUUAUUUGAUAUGACAAUUGACAACGGUGCAGCUCAUCAGUCGGGAAAAGUUAAUGCAACCUAAUCAAAAACAGGAGGUGGUGGCAUUUUAUAUAGGGGCGGGCCCCUAGAUGGUCCAGAUGGGGGCAUUCGAAAAUGCGGCCCCGAUGGAGUAACAGGGAGAGGUGGUGGGGUCUCAUAUAGGAGCGGGUCCUCAAAUGGCCCAGAUGAAAGCGUUCCAAAAUGUGGCCUUGAUGAAGUAGCCGACGGAGGUAGCGGUGGGAUCUCAUAUAGGGGUGGGUCCUCGGAUGGCCCAGAUGGAAGCGUUUCAAAAUGUGGCCCUGCUGAAGUACCAGGCAAAGGCGGCAGGGGGAUCUCAAAUAGGGGUGGGCCCUCAGAUGGCCUUGAUGAAGUAACAGGCGGCUGCUGCGGUAGUGUUCCGAAAUGUGGCGAGUAGUAGGAAACCUCUUCUUCCAAGAUUGCAAGUUUUCUAGCCUCCGUAGGGCAGGAGGGAAAGCCCACAACUACUGCAAGCACAAAGGCCACCCAUAACAAUUUCCUACCGGUUACCACCAUGUUUGUCUGUGCUUCUCUCUCGAUCUGAUUAUUCAGGCUCUCCCCUUUGUGACCCUUUUUAUAGAUAGCUGUCCCUUGAGAUGAUUCCUUGGCUUCAUUGAUAUUUGCAUUAAUUUUUGGGCUAUGCAACUCAUGUCCCUGUAAUAUUUACUUCUUGUGUCAGUUAGGCUUUAAUAACUGGCCAUACAUAGGCAAUCUUUUGAAUUUUCAGCGUCCCUUUUUGGGCCAUCCAGUUGAUGUCCCUCUAAUCCUUGUCAUUUCUCUUUAAGAAUGUAUUAAUCUAUUAAUCGGUU